ACCUCCCCGGCGACCGAGCGCGCAGGCGCAGAGCCCAGUAACUGCCGGUUGGUGGCUGAUGAACCGCAGUGGGGGAGAGACGCUCCGAGGCAAGCGGCGGCGACUCAGGCCCGGCCCCUGCUCCCUCCCGGCUCGGCCCCGGCCCCGGCCCUCGGUUCCCGCCCCGGCCCCGGCUCACCGGCCCUUCCUCGCCCCUCGCAGCCCCAACGGCGAGCGCGCAGCAGGCGCCCCUCCCGGCUCGGCGGCAGCGGCAGCAUGUCUGUUGUCGGCAUCGACCUCGGCUUUCUCAACUGCUACAUCGCCGUGGCGCGAAGCGGCGGCAUCGAGACCAUCGCCAACGAGUACAGCGACCGGUGUACCCCGGCUUGUAUAUCUUUAGGAUCCAAAACUCGAACAAUUGGGAAUGCAGCCAAAAGCCAGAUUGUUACAAAUGUAAGAAAUACAUUACAUGGCUUCAAAAAACUCCAUGGACGGUCUUUUGAUGAUCCCAUUGUACAGACUGAAAGGUUCAAGCUUCCCUAUGAGCUUCAGAAAAUGCCGAAUGGAAGUACAGGAGUUAAGGUUCGGUACCUAGAAGAAGAUCGGCCUUUUGCAAUCGAGCAGGUCACUGGAAUGCUUUUGGCCAAGCUUAAGGAGACUUCAGAAAAUGCUUUGAAGAAGCCUGUGGCAGAUUGUGUGAUUUCAGUUCCUAGUUUCUUCACCGACACGGAGAGAAGGUCCGUGAUGGCAGCUGCCCAGGUCGCCGGCUUAAAUUGUUUAAGACUGAUGAAUGAAACCGCUGCAGUUGCGCUCGCGUAUGGAAUUUAUAAGCAAGACCUUCCCCCUUUGGAGGAGAAACCAAGAAAUGUCGUGUUUGUCGAUAUGGGGCAUUCCGCCUACCAAGUUUCAGUUUGUGCUUUUAACAAGGGAAAACUCAAGGUCUUGGCUACUACUUUUGAUCCGUACCUGGGUGGCAGGAACUUUGAUGAUGCUUUAGUAGAUUACUUCUGUGACGAGUUCAAGGCAAAGUAUAAACUGAAUGUGAAAGAUAAUUCUCGAGCCCUGCUGCGCUUAUACCAGGAGUGUGAAAAACUAAAGAAACUGAUGAGUGCAAAUGCGUCGGACCUUCCUUUGAACAUCGAGUGUUUCAUGAAUGACCUUGAUGUUUCCAGUAAAAUGAACAGGGCUCAGUUUGAGCAGCUUUGUGCUUCUCUCUUGGCCAGAGUGGAACCACCUUUAAAAGCUGUAAUGGAACAAGCAAACUUGAGCCGUGACGACAUAAACAGUAUAGAAAUUGUGGGAGGCGCAACCCGAAUCCCCGCCGUGAAGGAGCAGAUUGCCAAGUUCUUCCUUAAAGACAUAAGUACCACAUUAAACGCCGAUGAAGCUGUUGCAAGAGGGUGCGCACUGCAGUGCGCAAUUCUUUCUCCAGCCUUUAAAGUUCGUGAGUUUUCCAUCACGGAUGUUGUUCCCUAUUCAGUAACAUUAAGAUGGAAAUCAUCUUUUGAGGAUGGAACUGGGGAAUGUGAAGUGUUCUGUAAGAACCAUCCUGCUCCAUUCUCAAAAGUUAUUACCUUUCACAAGAAGGAACCGUUUGAACUAGAAGCAUAUUAUACCCAUCCAUAUGAAGUGCCUUAUCCUGAUCCCCGAAUUGGGAACUUCACUAUUCAGAAUGUUUUUCCCCAGUCUGAUGGUGACAGUUCCAAAGUGAAGGUUAAAGUACGUGUUAAUAUCCAUGGUAUCUUCAGUGUGGCUAGUGCAUCGGUAAUUGAGAAGCAGAGUUUGGAAGGGGAUCACAGUGAUAUACCUAUGGAAACAGAGUCAUCAUUUAAGAAUGAAGGCAAAGAUGAGAUGGACAAAAUGCAAGUUGACCAAGAAGAAGGCCAUCAAAAAGGCCACGCUGAGCAUACCCCAGAGGAGGAAAUUGAUCACACGGGUGCCAAGACAAAGCCAGCGCCUUCUGACAAGCAAGAGCGAGCAAACCAGAAUGUUAAAAAAGGAAAAGUCAAGAGCAUCGAUUUGCCCGUCCAAAGUAGCCUGUACAGACAGCUGGGCCAGGAUCUCAUCAACAGUUAUAUAGAAAAUGAGGGAAAGAUGAUCAUGCAGGACAAAUUAGAGAAAGAAAGAAAUGAUGCCAAGAAUGCUGUGGAAGAGUAUGUGUAUGAUUUCAGAGACAAGCUAUGCAAUGUCUAUGAAAAAUUUGUCACUGCAGAAGAUUCAAGUAAACUGUCUUCAAUGUUGGAAGAUACUGAAAAUUGGCUUUAUGAAGAUGGCGAAGAUCAGCCAAAACAAAUUUACGUGGAUAAACUUCAAGAAUUAAAGAAAUUUGGCCAGCCUAUUCAAAUUAGAUACGUAGAACAUGAAGAGAGACCAAAAGCUUUGAAUGACUUGGGAAAGAAGAUCCAACUUCUUAUGAAAGUGGUAGAAGCAUUUAAGAAUAAGGAUGAAAAAUAUGAUCACUUAGAUGCUGCUGACAUGGAAAAGGUGGAAAAAUUUGUCAAUGAAGCCAUGAAUUGGUUGAACAGCAAGAUGAAUGCGCAAAACAAAUUAAGCCUCACUCAAGAUCCGGUGGUGAAAGUAGCCGAAAUAGUGGCGAAGUCCAAGGAGCUGGAUAGUUUUUGUAACCCCAUCAUUCACAAGGCCAAACCCAAAGUGGAGGUGUCUGAAGACCAAGCGAAAGCGAAUGGUGAACACAAUGGACCAAUGAAUGGACAGAGUGGGACGGAAAGUAAGCCUGAUGCAGCCCAGGAAAGCUCCCCGCACACUAAGCCUUCUGCUGGAGAGAUGGAAGUGGACUAAGGCGUCAGGGGUCCCCGUCACGCAUCCAGACAGUGCAAGAAGAUGUCAGUGUUGCUCUUGGUUCUUUGUGGAACAUGAGUCAGCCAGCAAUCUGAGAGGGUAAACAUGGGAAGCAUUUUGAUACGCCUUGCCUGAAUUUGUAAGAAGCAAGAAGACAUCUCAUUUGAAAGCACUUGCUUUUAUGAUGAUGACAGCUUGAUAAAGCUCCCGUGGUGCCAUCUGUGUGUUUGGCAGAGAUGCAUUGCAGAGCCUGUGUUAAGAACCUUCCCGUGGAAAAUGAUUUGUGACGAGUAGCCUGAUGAUGAUAGCAGUGUCAAAACUGGCAAGCUGUUUAUUACCGUCUGCAGUUCACAAGAGUGAGAAACGUACACGCUGUCAGGCCCUCGUGUAACUGAUUGUAAUGGAGAAUAACCAAUAUGUGGACGAUUAAUUUUGCCUACUUGAUAUGUCAUUUUUAUUUAAUUAACCUUACUAUGAAAGGUACACGCCCAGUCUCGUAUUUCUGACAGAAUCCAGGUACCAGGUUUGUUUGGAAGAUUUUGAUGGUAAAAGUAUCCUAUUUCAUAUGAGGCUAUUUAUUAAAUAUUUUGUCAAUAAAUAUACUGGCAAAAUAAAACUUGGGACUACAGUGUUUCUAAAAACUAAAAGAAGGAUUAACAUAUAAAUGAAUCCUUAAACUUUUGGUAGUUUCCUAAUAGGAUAGCAAACUAUUAAACAUUGAUGUGCGUAGUCACUAUUAUACUCUACCUGCCCAGUCUUAUUUCCUGUCUCUUCUAGAGUAUUCAUGAUGCCUUUGUGAAUUCUACUUUGUUUUUGUUUGUGUGUAAACUGUAGGAUUAUGGCUGUACUUCCAGAUAGAUUAUCAUAAGCCAGUGAAUUUUGAAAUUUCUGUUAGGUGUUUUCCUUUCUACAUUGAAAACAUACAUAUUCUGUGGGAUUGAGAUAGAGGGAACUCAAGGAUGUGCAGAGGUGCUCUCAAUGUUGUAUCUCAACCUUGCUGCUGCUAUUUAUAAUAUUUGAAAAAUAUUUCUCCAUAUUGGUAUUAUCUUGUUAACAAACUGCUGUGCUUACAAUAAAUUGUUGUUUGAAUUAGCAAGGAUACAACCACCAAAUACGA